AUGACGAUGCAAGAAGGGAAAUCUCAAGAUAGAGCUAAAGGAGCUUGGUCAUCCCAGAUGAGAUGCUGGUCUGUUGCUGCAAUUUCCAUCACACUUCUCAGUAUCUGCUUCGUUGUGAGCUGUGUGGUGACUUAUAAUUUUACAUAUGGGAAAAAUGACCAAAAGCUGUCUGCACUAUAUACCUAUCAUUCAAGUCUUACCUGCUCCAGUGAAGGGACAAGGGUGACAGAGAAAGUCUGGGGAUGUUGCCCAAGUACUUGGAAACCAUUUGAGUCCAGCUGCUACUUCAUUUCUACGGAAAAGGAAAAUUGGGCUAAGAAUGAGCAGAACUCUGUUGGGAUGGGAGGUCAUUUGGUGGUGAUCAACACAGAAGCGGAGCAGAAUUUCAUUAUCCAUCAUCUGAAUGAAUCACUUCCUUAUUUUCUGGGACUAUCAGAUCCACAGGGGAAGAAUAAAUGGCAGUGGAUUGAUCAGACACCUUACAAGGAAAAUGUUAGAUUCUGGCACGAUCGUGAACCCAAUUUCUCUGGAGAGCAAUGUGUUUCAAUUGUUUUCUGGACACCAGGAAAAUGGGGCUGGAAUGAUGUUUUCUGUGAUUUAAAGAUGAACUCAAUAUGCGAGAUGAAGAAGAUUUAUAUAUAA